AUGUGUCCCGAUACACAAAAAUACGGUACUAGGCGAUCCUCCCAGCAGCCGUUGCAGCAACCUCUAAGGGUAGUUCUUUCGCUACGUAACGCGGUUACGCCACGCCUGUGCAAGGGUGGUGUACUUCCACAGAUCCGAACGUUUAAUACUAAGAAAUCUGACCUCUUGUCGAUCAGCAUCAGCAAGGAGAAAAUCCGUGCCGCCUGUUGGUGCGCGCGAUCGUCAAACGGAAACGGCAAGACGGAUGACGUCGUUCGUGCAGCUGAGCGGUUCCACCUCGACUUCCUUGCGAUCUCAGAGACUCACAUUCCUGACCAGGGAGAAGAUUGCUUGGAAAACGGAUGGCAGCUUCACUGGUCUGGGAUCCAGAAUUUCAGAAGCAAGUCAGAAACGGCAGUGUUGCUGUCGCCACUUGCAGUGAAAGCCUUGGUCUCAGUCGAGUAUACUGCCAACCGAAUGCACGCUUGUCUGCUAUCUCGCAACAAAGCAUGCGAAGGUCAGCGCUAUGGUCGUGUACGCCCUUCACCAACGUCGUGCAUUAUCGAAGGAAGGGCGAGUUCUACGCAUGAUUACACGCACUUGUCGGUUCUCUUCCACAUCAUCAAUUACUGA